AUGCCAGACACUCGCGAGGACGGAGUAUUUAUCCCGCUGCAGGACUCAGGCCGCGCCAGCCUCUGGCUUGCCCUUCCACCGCCGUCCUCGGGAAUCAUGAUGCUGGCGCGCACCGGCUACCCCUCUCCUAGGAGCGGAAGAGGCAGGAGUGAGGCAGCAUAUACAAUUCGAUCGGUUUGCUGGGCGAUGCCUGAAGUCCAUCAGUUGGAGUUCGCGCUUCCUCGAGCCUCGGUCGAUCCCGUUUCGAAACGGCUGCGCUAUGCGACACCAUAUUAUCUCGUUGACACUUCACACCGCCCAAAUCAACGGCCUCAGCCGUCGCCAUCCCGUGACCCAGGCUUACAAUCCGCCCAACCAGACUCAAGGCAGUCAAGCGACGAUGAAGACUUUGUCACCGCUCCAGAAAGCCCCGUCAUGCCAGGCAAAGCCCCUGCGAAGCCAGGGGAACCGGCAUCAAUUGAUUUCAAGCACAUCAUGAACCGCCUCGAACGGUUUACCCUCUCGCCCAUCGACACCGAGUCAAGCUCACUUCCAGGCCAUGAACCACCGCUGGACGUCUUCUACCCCUAUCUUCCGGAGCCCUCUUACAGCCCCUCACCCUCUCUACGCCCCAGCCUAUUCAUCGACGAUGAUUACUUCCCGGACCUAGACUCAGAACCAGAAGCAGACGACCGCGAGCAUCGCCACUGCCUUUACUCCUCAACUCCCAGUCGCACACACAACAGUUCACGCAGCGGCUCUUCACCUUCACCACCGCCAACUCCCCGGCCAACCUCAAACCACCCCAACCCCGAUCCCAACCCCGGCGUAGACCCUUACUCAACCCCAACCGGCGCCACCGCUAGCACUAGCACAACCACCAACCAGAUGCAAUUCACCACCCUCUCAGCCCUUUGGUCCUCCGCCCAAUCCAACCAAACCACCACCACCACCCCCCAACCACCAAUUACCUUCCCUUCCUUCCCUUCCUUCCCUUCCUUCCCAGAGUUCCCACCCCUAGGCCCGCCCUGUCUCUCCUGCCGCCGCCCGUCCACCUUCGGGCGCGUCGCAAGGUCCAACACCAACGGCAACGCCCAACGGCCCUUUUACCGGUGUGCGCCGUGCCGCAGGUGGGUUACCUGGGCCGACCUGCGCGGGGGCGAUGUGCGGGCCGGGGAGGAGGUUUUGGGUUUGUACUGA